CCCUCCCUCCUUCCCUCCCUCUUGGCUGCUCGGCUCCCAGCCGAGGAACCGGAGCCCCCGCCCCGUCCGCGUCCACCUCCCGGGGCAGCGGAGCCGGGGCUGAGCUGCGCUCAGAGUCAGCCGUCCAGGGCUAGGCUGGGACGGGCCGGGCAUGGAGAGGAACAAGGUGUUUGUGGUGCUCGACGUGGUGUGCCUUGUGGUCGCUGCUCUGCCCUUUAUCAUCCUGACACUGGUGAAUUCUCCCUACAAGAGGGGCUUCUAUUGUAGUGAUGACACCAUCCGAUACCCCUACCGCCCUGACACCAUUACCCAUGGCCUCCUGGCUGGCGUUACCAUCACUGUCAGCGUCAUCAUUGUCUCAUCUGGAGAGGCCUACCUAGUCUACACAGAGCGCCUCUACUCUCGUUCAGACUUCAACAACUAUGUGGCUGCCCUCUACAAGGUCCUGGGCACCUACCUCUUUGGGGCAAGUGUGAGCCAGUCCUUGACUGAUCUAGCCAAGUACAUGAUUGGCCGCCUUCGCCCCAACUUCAUAGCUGUCUGUGAUCCUGACUGGUCUCGAGUCAACUGCUCUGGCUAUGUUCAACCUGAGGCCGUGUGUCGGGGAAGUCCUGCAAAUGUCACUGAAUCCAGGUUGUCUUUCUAUUCGGGCCACUCCUCCUUUGGCAUGUACUGCAUGGUCUUCCUUGCGUUGUACGUGCAGGCCCGUCUCUGCUGGCGGUGGGCAAGGUUGCUGAGACCCACUGUCCAGUUCUUCCUGGUGGCCUUUGCUCUGUACGUGGGAUAUACGAGAGUGGCCGACUACAAGCACCACUGGAGUGACGUGCUCACCGGUCUCCUGCAGGGCGCGCUCAUCGCCGGGCUCACGGUACGCUAUGUCUCAGACUUCUUCAAGGUUCGUCCCCCUCAGCCCAGCCCAAAUGAGGAGUCAGAACGGAAGCCCAGCCUGGCCCUGGCCCUGACCCUCACCGAGAGUGACCGAAAUCAUUUCAGCUACGUAGGAGCCUCCUGAGCUGCCUCCCACCCCUCCCUCUCCUGGAUACACAUCCCCCUGGCCCUGGACCAGCACUCCCCUGCCUGGGCCAGACUGCUCCUCUGUGCUUCAUGUCCUUGGGCUUAGUCCCACUAGGUAGGGGAAAAGCUGUUUUAGGGAACUGUGGUUAGGGGUAUCUUGCCUCUGUUUCCCAUUUGGGAAAGAGCCUGAGGCCAGGCUAGGACUUGCUGUCUGUAGGAAUGCAGCAUCCUUCACUUUGCUGGGGAGGGGAGAGGAAUGAGACCUAUAUCUUUGCUGUUUUUGUAAUGUGACUUACAUGUGAGUUUUUAUUGAAUUAGAACAGCUCUGGUGGGGAAAGGGAACUGGUUCCUCUUCCUCGGUCCUGGACUGACCUCUGAAAGUUGGGGAAGGAGGAAGGAAGGAUCCCUGUGUUCUCAUUCCAGCCCCAUUCCAUUUGUCCCUCCCUUAUUCUGAAGACUCCGGCUUCAGCAGCUUCCCAGAAACUGGGGAAGGGUUUAACUGGAAGGUGCCAUCAUUGCCUUCUCAAAGAGUCCCCUCUGUCUACUUCUACCCUGCCCUCGUGCAAUCCAGCCUGAGAGGACCCUGAAGAAGAGGAGGAGCAGCAGCUGCUGCCCCAAUAACUCAACCCCCUGGACUGCCCUAAAAUUCUUACCCAAUUUGGAAGGGCAGAGAGAAUGUCAGGACGGGAAGGCAGGGAAUGUCUGAGCUGGAAGAGAACCAUUGAGUUGAACCCCUUUGUUUUAUAGAUGGGAAACUGAGGCCCAGGAAGAGGCAGGGAGGAUACCUUUGGGCGGUCACCAAAUGAGUCACGGUGUUGGCUACAGAACAGGAAUUCUGAGUCUCCCCAAAUCCUAACCCAGAGCAUCCAUCCUCUCUAACCUGCUCAGCCGAGGAGCACCCCUUCUCCUAUGCCUUCUCUCAGGGACUAUUUCGGGAUUCUUUCUGCUUGGGAAGACAGGCUUCCCUGACCCUGAGCCCUAGGCCUGUAGCUGGAGGGACCUGUCUGGGCACUUCAAAGGGAUGAAGGAGGGAAACAGUGUGAGCUCUUGGGCCCCUCGGGGCUAGAAAUCAAGGCCGAAAUGAGGGAGCCUGGUGGUUUAGAGGGGGUGGGCACCCAUGGACUUGGUGGUUCGCCCCCUUUCCAGCCCAGGUCCAUCUGCCUCUGACUGAGAUUAGAUACAAGGAGCUAUGGAAAAACCCCUGUGUUGGGAUCCUGAAAAUUCCAUACUUGGGCCACUAACUUGGAGAAUUCCCUUACCUUCCUUUCCUCCAACUCAUUUCUACCAUCUAUCAGCUCAGGCCCCUGAAAAAGACCUGCAUUUGGAGGACCUGGGCUCCAGCCCUGCUGGGUGACCUUAGUUAGGCAAGUGGUCUUUCGAAGCUCAGUUUCUUCUAGGAUUCUGUGAUUGCCGCUUCAGCAAAGGAGCUAUCUCUUGGAGAGGUUAGGGGCGGGGGAAGAAGAAAAGCCACUUAGACCUGGAGUCUGGAAGACAGGAGUUCAAAUGUGACCUCAGAUACUUGCUAGCUCUAUGACCCCGGGCAAAGCAUUUCACCUCUGUUUGCCUCAGUUCCUCAUCUGUAAAAUGGAAGUCAUAAUAACUCCUAACUUCCAGGGUUAUGGGAGGAUAAGAUAAUGUUUGUAGAAUGCUUUGCAAACUUGGAAUUACAAGCUGUCAUUGGGAAGAGAAGGUCUGUCAUCUGGAGCCAAGAGCAGGAGGGUUGGGGCCCCUCCCCUCGAUUCAGCCUGAAAGCCUCCCUGUCUGAAUUGUUCCUCAGGCUCUGAUACUGUCUCCAGAAGGCCCCCUGGUAAGUGGCACAGUUGUUUCUGGUAGGGUAACAGCUCUUGUUAUCACACACCAACCUUUAUCAGGCGCCCAGAACCCUGGAGCUGGAAAAUGACUUUGAUUGUACUGGAGCUGGGUUGCUUUGUGCAUCCAGGGGGUAGCUUAAGGACACUUAGGCAGCGCACCAAAGACCAACCUGACAGAAUCCUAGCAUGUCACUGCCAGGAGGGACCUCAGAAUGGGAGGCAUCAAAUAAGGGAAGUCACUUGCUGAGGGUCACUCAGCAAAUCAGAAGCACAGCCAGUACCAGUAGCCAGGCUUCCUCUUUCUCUGAAGCUGCAGAGAUCAAGGCCUGAGGAAAGGUCAGAGGGGCUUCCCUGGUCCAACAGCAGGGGCAUGGCUCAUUUGACACCCCCUGGACUGAGAUGUCAAGUGUGUGCACCUACUGUGGGCCAGCCAAUCUGGCCUUCCUACACAUACAUCAUAAUCCCGCUCACCUAGCCCAGGUGAGCUACAUCCUCAGUACUGAAAGAACUGAAGAGAAGGGGUUGCUGAGCCACUAAUAUUUGAACAACUGCAAGACAACAGGGAAAAUGAAAAUGGUCCGAUUUUCAAAAAUGAGAGAAUGGAGUCUCUGAACUAGGCCAGGGAACUUUGAUUCCUGGGGAAAUUCUAGGAUGGACGUUCAAUAGAUGUUUGGCAAAUAUCUGAACCAGCAGGGCUUUGGCAAAUAUAGUUCAUGUCAAAAGUAACCUUAUUUCUCUUUUUGAACAGUAUCUUUUUUUUAAACUACUAUUUUAUUUUCCCCAAUUACAUGUAAAAACAAUUUUAAAAUUCAUUUUUUAAUUUUUUUUUUUUUA